ACACGGGCUCUACCAAAAGUAUUCUUCUGCUGCUACAACCUCUGGGCUUUUGCCUUAGCGUUGCUUGUUUUGGAGACAGCAUUACAAGAAGAACUCUCUAGAACACCGUCGCACACAACAGAGUGAGCGAAAACGAUGUCGUACGACGAACGAUACGAAGGAAACGGCGAAGAAAACGGCUCGCCGGCGCAGCAAUACAGCGGCGGUCACGGCGGUGCCGCCGAUAAUCACCACGACUCCAAAUCACUGCAUGAGUCACAAAGUCAUGAGGAGUCUACAAGAAGCAGGGAAAUGGAAAGGGAUAAGGAUAGAGACAAAGAUAGAAAGAGGGAGAGGGAGAGGGAGAGGGAGAGGGACAGGGAUAGAGACAAAGACAGAGACAGAGAUAGAGACAAAGAUAGAGACCGAGAAAAGAGUAGGGAUAGGGACAAAGAUAAAGAUAAAGAUAAAGAUAGAGACCUAGAAAAGAGUAGGGACAGAGAUAGGGACAGAGGAGAGCGUGAUCGCCAUAGGGAUCGCCACAGAGAAAGGAGUGAGAGAAGGGGGCGGAGCAGGGAUGUGGUAGAUGAAGAUUAUCGCCACAGUAGUCGAGAUCGUGACAGACGAAGAGAUUAUGACGAUGACCGAGAGGAUAGGCAUAGACGAAGUUCUCGAUCUCAUUCUAGGGCCAGAUCUCAUCAUAAAUCAAGAUCACGCUCUCGUUCAAGGUCAAGAUCACGUUCACGUUCUAAGAGUAAAAGGAUCAGCGGAUUUGACAUGGCACCACCAGCUGCGUUGAUGACUGCUCCUGCUAUUGGAGGCCCAGUUACGACAGCUUCUGUUCCUGGGGUAUUUCCCAACAUGUUUCCUUUAUCAUCAGGGCCGAUGCAGCUUGGAACUCUCCCUAUCAUGCCUGUACAAGCAAUGACUCAGCAGGCUACUAGGCAUGCUCGGCGUGUUUAUGUUGGAGGAUUACCUCCAGAAGCUAAUGAACAGUCUGUGGCUAUCUAUUUCAGCCAUGUUAUGGCCUCAAUUGGAGGAAAUACUGCAGGCCCAGGUGAUGCUGUGGUUAAUGUGUAUAUUAAUCAUGAAAAGAAGUUUGCUUUUGUGGAGAUGAGAUCUGUGGAGGAAGCUAGUAACGCUAUGGCGCUAGAUGGUAUUAUAUUUGAGGGUACUCCGGUUAAGGUCAGGAGACCCAGUGACUACAACCCAUCACUUGCUGCAGCACUUGGUCCAAGUCAGCCUAAUCCAAACCUAAACCUGGCUGCUGUUGGUUUGACUCCAGGUUCUGUAGGGGGUCUUGAGGGUCCUGACAGGAUAUUUGUGGGUGGACUUCCCUAUUACUUUACUGAGGCUCAAGUGCGUGAGUUGUUGGAAUCCUUUGGAGCACUCCGAGGAUUUGAUCUUGUCAAGGACAGAGAAACUGGAAAUUCAAAAGGCUAUGCAUUUUGUGUCUACCAAGAUCUGUCUGUUACAGAUAUUGUUUGUCAAGCACUUAAUGGAAUCAAAAUGGGGGAUAAAACCCUCACUGUCAGGCGUGCAAACCAAGGUACUCAACAACCAAAGCCAGAGCAAGAAAGUGUAUACAUGCACGCACAGCAGCAGAUUGCACUGCAGAAAAUGAUAUUGCAACCUGGCGGUCUUCCCACCAAGGUGGUGUGCUUAACAAACUGUGUAAAUCUGGAUGAGCUCAGAGAUGAUGAGGAGUUUGAAGAUAUCUUUGAAGACAUGAGACAAGAGGGAGAAAGAUUUGGUUCUUUACUAAGCGUUGUCAUCCCCAGGCCACAUCCAAAUGGAGAGCCAUCACCUGGGCUUGGAAAGGUGUUUCUGGAGUAUGCAGAUAUAGAGAGUUCUUCAAAGGCAAGAGCUGGAAUGAAUGGAAGAAAGUUUGAUGGCAAAGAAGUCGUGGCUACAUUUUACGCGGAAAACAAAUAUGCGGAGGCACAAUAUGACGGCUGAAGAUAUGAUAAGAUUGUCAUCCUUUUAUUUUUGGUUUCUGUUCAAUUUAGUGGAUGAAUCACAUGUAGAUUUUCAUUAGGCUACUGAGAUUGUAGAUGUUCCUAUUCUUACAUUUUUUGUACUUGGGGUUUAUUUUGUACCUGCUAAAUAGGAUUGCUGUUUUUACAGCCAGAUGCUAGUAUUUUGAUGCUAUCCUCUUUUACUUUUAAAAUGUUGAUGAAUGAUUUUGCUUGUUAUGCGAA